GAACUCAGCUGGGUAUUUUGCAGGGCCGGUCUGGGCUGCCUGCACGAGCUCGCACCAGCUGGCCGCGGUGGGCGGCGGGCAGGGGAGACACCCGGCGAGGUCGGUCAGCAGGUGGUGAUGGGGGCUCUGCAAGCACCUCCCUGGGGCAGGAAGUGAGACUGGUUCAUAAAACGGCUGCACGGAGGCCGAGCCCUGGACCUGACACUCGCCACAGACACGCAGGUGGGACGCGGAGAGCAGGCGCGAGCCCAGCCUGGGCAGACGGCAAGGCGCGGGGUCCGACACAUCCCGCCACCGCAGGAACCGGCGAGCCCCGCGCCCCGGGCCAGGCAGCACGGAGGGCGGCCACGUGCGGGGCAUCGCAGGAGGCCCCUGGGAAGGAGGAGCGCCAGGAUGCGCUCGGCGGCACCGAUGGGAGGCUCAGCGUGGUUACGACGACAGACACGUCACCACGGUAAAAGAAUCCUCACGCGCACACGCUCCGCCCGCCCCUUUCUGCCGGCGGCUGCCGCCAGGGGCCGCUGUGGCGCCUGCCCUCCCGCCGCCUCACUCCUGCCCAAGAUGGCGGUCGCGGCGUUGCUCCGGGGCGCGGCUCCGGGACGCGGCGGCCCGACCUGGCGCUGGCGGCUGCACGCGGCCCCGAGGCGCCGCCUGGCCCAUAGCUCUAGCCGUCUUGGAGGCGACCAUGCGGACGGUGCGGCUUGGGCGUGUUUCCUGCUAGACGAGCGUUCCCUGCUGCGCGUGCGCGGCCCGGACGCGGCGCCCUUUCUGCUGGGGCUGCUGACCAAUGAGCUGCCACUUCCGGGUCCCGGGGUAGGCGCGGCAACGCCCCCUGCGCGCGCGGCCUACGCCCACUUCCUGAACGUGCAGGGCCGCACGCUGUAUGACGUCAUCCUGUACGGGCUCCCCGAGUGUGCUGAGGCGGCCUCGGGCUUCUUCCUCGAGUGCGACAGCUCCGUGCUGGGCGCACUGCAGAAGCACCUCGCUCUGUACAAGAUCCGGCGGAAAGUCACCAUGGAGCCGCGUCCAGAGCUCCGAGUCUGGGCUGUGCUGCCCAGCGCUCCCCAGGCUGACCAGGCCGCACCGCUGCAGGAGAGGGCAGAGGCCACCGCCAUCCUCACUCGUGACCCCCGGACUGCAUGCAUGGGGUGGCGGCUCCUUACCCAGGAGCAGGGCCCAGCUCUGGUGCCCAGGGCCCGGCUAGGAGACCUCCAGGACUAUCAUGCGCACCGGUACCAGCAAGGCAUCCCUGAGGGGGUCCGGGACCUGCCCCCAGGAGUGGCCCUGCCUCUGGAGUCCAACCUGGCCUUCAUGAAUGGUGUGAGCUUCACCAAGGGCUGCUACAUUGGCCAGGAGCUGACCACGCGCACCCACCACAUGGGCGUCAUCCGCAAGCGGCUCUUCCCUGUGCGGCUCACUGGCCCCCUCCCUGCAGGUGGCGUGGGCCCUGGCACUGCAGUGCUGACCGCGUCAGGACAGGCGGCAGGCAGAUUCAGGGCUGGCCAGGGGAACGUGGGGCUGGCUCUGCUGCGCUUGGAGAAAAUCAAGGGUCCUCUGCACAUCAGGACCUCCGAAAGUGAUCAGGUGGCAGUGACUGCGUCUGUGCCGGACUGGUGGCCCAUGGCCUCCAAGCAGUCCUAGACGCCCUCCGCUCCUGCAGGCCGUGGAGCUGCGGGUGCCCUGGGGCCUCGGCCCGUCAUCAGUCCACCUGCCAUGCCCUCCGGGUGUGAGCAGGGUGAGUGUGGUGCUUCCUGUGGAGGCCACUUGGACACCCCUCCCUGGGAGGUCCCCGCUUGUUCUUGGUGGCCCAGGCUCUGGUUGGGUGCUUCCUGUGGGAGGGCCCCAUGUUCAUGGACUGAAUAUGGGGCGCUCGGUGCUGGGGACAUCGGGACCCCUGGUGGGGACGGUGGAGGAGCCUGUGUCCACCGUGUGCAGUGCUGAGUCCUCACUCGGACCUGACCCCAGACAAGCUCACACACGGUCUGUGAGCACGAGAGGACGGUCUGGCCAGGCCUGGCAGCUCCUUGGCACUGUCCCUGCCCUGGAGGGAUGUGUCCUGUGUGCUUCUGCAGAGGGUGCUGAGCAGGCGGACACUCUGUGCAAGGUGCCUCUGGUCGUGGGUGGCCACUGAGCCCUGCUCACUUCACAUUGGGAACCCAAAGGUACCCCAGGCACAGCUGGCCAGCUAACCCUGACCCUCCUCCGGAAGCCCCAGGAAGGGCAGGGCCCAGGCUGCUGCCGCUCCUGCUCGCCUUACCUGCUCGCAGGUUUGGGGACGCGGCCCCGUGCUUUCAGUCAGUGAGCGAUUGGCCAGCGAGUGGUGGCCUGUUUGAACCCCUGGCUCCCUUCCUCUGUUGCCAGGUGGGCCUGCCCCAGUGUUGUCCUCGGAGGGUCUAUUAAAGUGUGACCUGCAG